AUAUGACCGCUUAGUGACAGGAGCAGUACAAACAUGGCCGACGACACAGAGGAGGUAAACACAGCUGUUGAGCACAACGAGUCCAAACAAGAGUCAAAUCAUGUCGAAGUUUCCCAAGACACGGCCGAUGGCGAGACCGUCGAGGGGGGCAGCCAUGCCGAGCUCCAGGACACGGCUUCGACCCUGGUGCAGAAUAGCUGGUCCGCGCCUUUGCUGUCACUGGCACGGAAGGCCACGGAGAGUAUUAGCGGCGGGGUGAUCUCAUCUGCUGCCCCCAAGAACAAUGGUCAGGGCUCCACUCUGUCCUCCCCGACGGAAAACCAGAGCCAAAAUGAUGUCAUUAAUUCUGCGAGGAAGUUACCAGUUUUGACUCCAAAGGAUCACAUGUCAAUUGAAAGAUCCAAUCUUCUCAGUAUGAUGAAGUUGAGCAUCAAGGUCUUAAUCCAGUCCUCUCUCAGCCUUGGCCGGACCCUGGACUCAGAGUAUCCUCCACUACAACAGUUUUUUGUUGUCCUGGAACAUUGCCUCAAACAUGGAUUAAAAGCCAAAAAGUCUUUUAUUGGUCAGAACAAGUCUGUCUGGGGGCCUUUGGAGCUAGUGGAGAAACUAUGCCCAGAAUCUGUAGAUAUAACCACAAGUGCCAGAGACAUGCCAGGCAUUAAGACUGGUUUGGGAAAAGCAAGGGCCUGGCUGCAUUUAGCACUCAUGCAGAAGAAAAUCGCAGAUUACAUGAAAGCUCUAUUGGACCGCAAAGAUCUCCUAAGUGAGUUUUAUGACCCAGGUGCCCUAAUGAUUGAAGAGGAAGGCUUGGUGAUGGGGGGACUUCUGGUAGGAAUCAAUGUCAUUGACGCUAACCUAUGUAUUAAAGGAGAAGACCUUGAUUCCCAGGUUGGAGUUAUAGACUUUUCUCUUUACCUGAAAGACCCUGCUAACAGUGAAACUUCACAAGAUGAAUCGAAGAUGACCGCAAUAUUAGAUCAAAAGCACUAUGUUGAGGAGUUAAAUCGACACCUCAGUGGAACAGUUACUGAUCUACAGGCAAAGAUGGACUCACUGGAAAAGACAAACAGCAAACUUGUUGAGGAGCUGACUGCAGCCACUGAUCGAAUAAACUCACUAAGGGAAGAGCAAGAACAGUUGAAAAAGGAGAAUGAGUCCAUUCUGCAGUCCAGCCAAAAGAAGGAAGAGGCAGCACUACAGGACAGCCAGGUGGAGCUGGAGACCUACAAGCAGACUCGACAAGGCCUAGAUGAAAUGUACAAUGUGGUGUGGACACAGUACAAAGAAGAAAAGCGUAUUCGCCAGGAGUUGGAGCGUGAAUUGGAGUUACAAGUUGGGUUGAAGCAAGAAAUGGAGGUUGCCAUGAAACUGUUAGAGAAAGAUACACAUGAAAAACAGGACACAUUAGCAGCCCUGCGACUUCAACUUGACCAGGUCAAGACGCUAAACCUGCAAAUGUUUCAAAAAGCACAGGCAUCAAAGCAGGAAGCUGAAAAAAAGCAGGCUGAAGCGACCCAGCUUGAGCAGAGGAUGCAUGAAAUGGAAAAGACUUUGAAGGAACUAGAGAAGAGAUUACAAGACUCAGAGCAAGACCGCAAGAACAGCGUUCAAACUGAUAAAAACAUGAAGGAUGAACUUGAGGGAAAAGUGGAUGCUUUACAGAAACAGUUGUCUGACCUGGAUACACUCAGGCUGGGUUUGGAGAAUGAGCUGCGAACUGAGAGAGAACAAAGACAGAGCCUACAAAAAACUCUUCAGAGAGAGCAAGACAACAGCACUGAACUACGAACACAGUUACAACAACUGCAGGGCCUCCAUGCUGAGAUGCAGGGCCUUAAACAGGAAAAACAACAACUACAGCAGAAGUGUGAGCAGCAGGAACAGGCUUUACAGGAGAUGGGACUGCACCUCAGUCAGUCAAAAUUAAAAAUGGAAGAUUUUAGGGAGGUCAAUAAGGCACUAAAGGGUCAUGCCUGGUUGAAAGAUGAUGAAGCGACUCAGUGCAAGCAAUGCCUGAAGGAUUUCUCAAUAUCGCGCAGAAAGCAUCACUGUAGGAACUGUGGGGACAUUUACUGCAACAGUUGCUCCAGUAACGAGCUGGCCUUACCCUCCUACCCUCGUCCUGUUCGUGUGUGCGACAUGUGCCACUCGCUCCUUCUGCAGAGAAGCAACACCUCAAACUCUUGACACAACACUCACAAAAAUGUAUUGUAACUGCACACGCAAACAUUGAAAUCAAAGCAGAGCUAAACAGGCAUCUGCCAACAAUUAAUUCAAACAUCUUUCUAGCAUUAAAUUUCAGUUGAGCUUCUUUUUUUUUUACAGAAUUACAUUUACAAAGUACAGAUCUGAAGUACUUGGAGCUCUGCAGUUGAUCUAAUGCUGGAUUCAUGCAGACUGUAUUAUAAAAAUAUAUUUUAGAAUGUACUAUAAAAUCUAAUCUUUCUGAAGUCAUUUGGAUAAAGUUUUUUUUUUUUACCUAAACAUUUGAUAAAAUAAAGUCUUAUCAUGUCA